UUAAAUUUUCAAAAAAAUAAAAUGUAAGAAAAGUGUGCUCCACCACACCCUACCACACCUACCACACAAGUUCCCCACCCAAUCCCUUUUAAUCCGUAAAUAAAUACUAAACACCAACAAUUCAACAUUUCCUCCUACGAAGUAAUCAACCUAUGCGGCCCUCAUUAAAAAAUCUUUGUACUAAUGUUACUCAAGUCAGUUCUCCCCUUUAAAUUACAAUAAUGAAUUGCAUAUAACAUACCAUGUUCAUCUAAUUCAAACGCGUUAUACCCUAAUUACAUAGGGUUUCCUAACUCAUCUGUCAAUUCCCACACCUCCAUUUCAAGAUCAACAUCAUCUUUUCUCUUCUGUUCUUCUGUUUCUUGCUUUUAUUAUCAUCUUUACCUUCUUGUUGCUAUGUUUUUUUCAAUAAUUUGUGGUUUUAUACAAGAAAGUUGAGAUUUUUCAGGCACCCAUUUGGAGAUAUGUUGUAAAGAUUUGAUCUGUGAAUCCAAUCUUGUACCCAGUAAGCCCAUGUGAGCUUUCUUGAUAUUUUUAUUGUAUAAAGAUUGAAUCUUUAUGUUUCUUGAUUGAUUAUAAUUUAUACAUCCAUAAGAAAUGUUUGGAACUCAAAGCAAGAGGGAUCUAUCUCUUGAAAUUCAAUCCCAAAUACCCAUCUUGAGACCAAGUAUUCAUGCCAGAAGGGCAAAUAUCACUGUGAAAUUUCAAGAUCUUUAUGGGUUUACAGUUGAGGGUAAUGUUGAUGAUGCAAAUAUAUUGAAUGAGGUGAGGGAGAAAGUGAGGGAACAGGGUAGGGUUUGGUGGGCUUUAGAAGCUAGCAAAGGGGCAAAUUGGUAUUUACAGACUCAUGUAACUUCUGCUAUUAAAUCUUCCCUAAAGUUUUCGGCUUUAGUGAAUGCUAUCACCCUCAAGAAGCUGAUUAGAAAGGGGAUACCUCCGGUUUUGAGACCCAAAGUUUGGUUUUCUUUGUCGGGUGCUGCGAAGAAGAAAUCGACUGUGCCGGAUAGCUAUUAUAAUGAUUUGAUAAUUGCUGUUGAGGGUAAGGUCACCCCUGCGACAAAGCAGAUCGAUCAUGAUCUGCCACGAACUUUCCCGGGUCAUCCAUGGUUGGACACUCCGGAAGGUCACGCUUCGCUGAGACGUGUUCUUGUCGGUUACUCUUUUCGUGAUUCUGAUGUUGGUUAUUGUCAGGGUUUAAAUUAUGUGGCUGCAUUAUUGUUACUCGUGAUGAAAACAGAAGAAGACGCGUUUUGGAUGUUGGCGGUUCUUUUGGAAAAUGUAUUAGUCAAUGAUUGCUACUCAAAUAACUUAUCAGGCUGUCAUGUAGAACAAAGGGUGUUUAAAGAUUUGCUGAAAAAGAAAUGCCCAAGUAUACAUGCUCAUUUAGAAGCUCUUGAGUUCGAUGUCUCUCUUGUUGCCACCGAGUGGUUCCUUUGUCUCUUUUCAAAGAGCUUGCCUUCAGAGACAACGUUGCGAGUUUGGGAUGUUCUCUUUUAUGAAGGAGCACAGGUCUUACUUAACAUGGCUCUUGCUAUAUUCAAGAUGAAGGAAGACGAGUUGCUAAUGGCAAAUCAUGUUGGGGAUGUAAUCAAUGUUAUACAGAAUACGACUCAUCAUCUCUUUGAUCCCGAUGACCUAUUGACAGUUGCUUUUGAUAAACUGGGGUUUAUGAGCACGAAUAUAUCCAAGGAAAGGAAAAAACAAGAACCAGCGGUAAUGGCGGAGCUUGAUCAAAGGUUAAGACGGCUAAAUUCUAGUAAUUCGGACGAGAACAGCUGACAUCUGUUGUUUAAGAAUAAUAAACCUUAAUAUACUUGGACAUGUUGUACAAAUGCUAAAAAGGCUUGCAAGGCCUAGCAUGUUUGUUUUCAGACUAUUAUUUAUGUUUAGGAGGUAACUUGCCUCACAAGGGAUUUGUGUUCAAAUCUUGUAGCUUAUGUAUUGAGAUGUUGUUGGCUCCUGGUGCCUGUUUCUGGCUGGAGUUUAUGUUUGGUUAUCUAUGAUAUUUCAGUAUUGACCCACAAA